AUGGCUAAAAGGGUUGCAAUUAUCGGUGCUGGAGCUAAUGGGCUGGCUGCCAUUAAGUGUUGUCUGGACGAGGGUCUCGAACCAGUGUGCUUCGAGAAAUCGGGUGAUAUUGGAGGCUUAUGGUGCUAUCGAGAGGAGCGGCAUGAUCACGCUAGUGUUUUCAAGUCGACAGUAAUCAACACUUGCAAAGAGAUCACAUGUUACAGUGACUUCCCCAUUCCAGACGACUUCCCAAACUUCAUGCACAAUAAACUAAUGUUCAAGUACCUUCAACUCUUCUGUGACCGAUUUCAUCUCCGGAAGUACAUUCACUUUCACACUAAAGUGGACUCUGUCGUUUUUGGGGAUGACUACAAAGAAACGGGCCGAUGGAAAGUUACAACAAAUCAUCAAGAUGCUUGCAACAGGUCCGUUACUGAAAUCUACGACGCUGUUCUUGUAUGCACAGGACAAUACUCUACACCAUAUAUCCCAGAGUUUGUAGGAAUAAACGAGUUCAAGGGUCGAGUUCUUCACACGCAUGAUUACUCGACACCCGGAAAUUUUGAGAACAAGCGCGUCUUGAUAAUUGGAGUGGGUAACUCUGGUUGUGAUGCUGCAGUGGAAUUGAGCCAACAUGCAUCAGAGGUUUAUUUGAGUGCACGUAUAGGGAUGUGGAUAGUCUCCCGUUUUGGAAAUGGAGAUAUAUUUUUCCAUUAUAGACUGUUGGAUCUCCUUCCCCAUCCAGUGAAGGAAAGGGGAAUCAGGGCUUUUGUGGAGAAAAGAGUGGAUCACAAUUUUCUUGGUAUCCGACCCGAUCACUCAGUGCUGGGCCAACAAGUAACAAUAAACGAGGUUCUCCCUACUUGCAUUGCUAAUGGAUCGGUCAUUAUCAAGCCAGAUGUAAAACGCUUCACACCAACUGGUGUCGUGUUCAAGGAUGGAACCAUCGAAGAUCUGGAUGCUGUUAUCCUUGCAACUGGGUACGUCUUUAAAUUUCCCUUUCUUCAAGAUUCGGUGGUGACGGUAGAGAAGAACAAGCUUCCACUCUACAAGUACGUGUUCCCAAUGAACCUCCAACAUGCUACCAUCGCUUUCGUGGGAUACAUCAAACCUGCGGGUUCUGUUAUUCCCAUAUCAGAGUUACAAGCUAGAUGGGCAGCACGAGUCUUUAAAGGUCUUGCAAAGCUACCCUCUACAGAGGCGAUGAAAGCCGACAUGGUGAGUAAAGAAAAAGCUAUGUCCAAACGUUUCAUCUCCUCCCAGCGCCAUACACUCCAAGUGGAUUUCAUCAAGUACAUGGAUGAUGUUGCAAUUGAGUUUGGGGUGAAGCCAGAUUUUGGGAAGAUGUUGCUCCGUGAUCCAAUCCUAGCUAUGAAGUGCGUUUCCGGUCCAUUUACACCCUAUCAGUACCGUCUAGUUGGACCAGGUCAGUGGAGUGGUGCCAGAAAUGCCAUCAUGACAAUCUCAGAGAGAGUCGGUAAACCUUUACAGUCCAAUAGGCUCCAGAUACCUCAGAAGGAAAGUUUUUUCUAUCAUGUCAACAGUUGGUUGAUAUAUUUCAUUGUUUUUCUUGUUUCUGUUUACAUUAUUUGGCAAUAA